GCAACCUAGAAAUAGAAUCCUGUAAUAUUUUAAAUCUUUUUUUUCUGUUCUGAAACCCAUAUAUGGCAUAUUGUUUUGCUCAAAGAAGAGAGAUUCCAAACCAAAAUGCAACAAAACUACACAAAACUAUUAGUUUUCAACUCUCACUAUAUAUCCCGUCAUACAUAACAUCCAACUCCAUAGGCAGUUAAGCAUAGCUUCACCUCCAGCUUCCUCUCUUUCAUAAUAUCCAGAAUUAAUUGAAAAACUAUGAAUACCCUUUUCACCAUUUUCAUUUUCCUAAUACCCAUUUUCCUUUUCCUUGCUAAAAAAAGAAUCUCAUCAUCAAAGGAUUUGAAACUUCCUCCAGGCUCAUUAGGAAUUCCCAUAAUAGGCCAAAGCCUAAGUCUUCUUCAAAACAUGAGAGCAAAUACAGCUGAAAAAUGGAUUGAAAAAAGAAUACAAAAAUAUGGUCCAAUAUCGAAGCUAAGUCUUUUUGGGAAGCCAACAGUGUUCAUGUAUGGACAGGCUGCAAAUAAAUUUGUGUUUACUAGUGACAGUAGCACCUUGAGUAACAGUCAAACACAGUCUGUUAAGAUGAUUUUGGGGGAGAAAUGCUUGUUGGAACUGAGUGGUAAAGAUCAUAAGAGAGUAAGAGAGGCUCUUAUGUCAUUUUUGAAGCCCGAGUCUUUGAAGCAGUAUGUGGGGAAAAUAGAUGAGGAAGUGAGGAUGCAUAUUCUCAAGAAUUGGCAACGCAAGCAGGAAGUUCAGGUCUUACCCUUGAUGAAGACACUCACAUUCAACAUAAUUUGCUCUCUUCUAUUUGGGAUUGAAAGAGGAAGUAGAAGAGAUAAACUAGUGGAUUUGUUCCAAGAAAUGAUAAAAGGAAUGUGGUCAAUCCCAAUAAACUUGCCCUUCACACGCUACAACAGCAGCCUCAAAGCAAGCACAAGCGUCAGAAACAUGUUAAAAGACCUGAUAAGUGAAAAGAGAAUGCAACUUGAGGAACAGACUGCUAAUUCUCACCAAGAUCUCAUAACUUGCUUGCUCAGUAUCAGCAAUCAAAACAAUGGAGAAGCAAUUACAGAGAAGGAGAUUGUGGAUAAUAGCAUGCUAGUUAUGACUGCUGGUCAUGACACUUCCUCUGUUGUGGUCACUUUUUUAGUCAGGCUUUUAGCUAAUGACCCUUCUGUUUAUGCAGCUGUUCUUGAAGAACAGGAAGAGAUAGCUAAGAGCAAGAGCAAGGGAGAGUUCUUAACCUGGGAAGAUCUUACCAAGAUGAAGUACACUUGGAGAGUAGCUCAGGAGACAAUGAGAAUAUUCCCUCCUAUCUUUGGUGGUUUCAGGAAAGUUGUAAAAGAUAUAGAGUACGAUGGAUACCUUAUUCCUAAAGGGUGGCAAAUAUUCUGGGUUACAAGCAUGACACAAAUGGAUGACAGCAUAUUCCAGAAGCCGCAGAAGUUUGAUCCAGCAAGAUUUGAGAACCCAUCUUCGAUUCCACCCUAUUGCUAUGUUCCGUUCGGAGGAGGUCCUCGGAUUUGUCCAGGAUACGAGUUUGCAAAGAUCGAAACGCUAGUUACAAUCCAUUAUCUGGUCACUCAAUUUACAUGGAAGUUGUCUGCUGACAACUUCUUCAGAAGAGAUCCAAUGCCAGUUCCAACAAAAGGAUUACCCAUCCAGAUCACCCCAAAGCAUCAAAUCUUGUAAUUGUCGCAUCCUUCUGAUUGAUGCAUGUGGUAUCUGAUAGGAAGGCCAGAAGAAAAGACCUGUUGUCACCAGCAGAAUGUAUGUUGCUUAUUAUAUAGGAAUCUGAUUAAAGGAACUUCGAAGCAAAUCCAAGAAUAAAAGCUAGUGGCAAAACACCAGACUAGUUAAGCUGAAUAUGAAACACUUCGACUAUACAAAAUUAAUGAAUUAAAGAGUAUAGUUCUGUCUA